GUCCCACCAACCCAAACCUCAUCGACGACGCAUGCCAACCCCUGUCAUCGUCCCUCUUUCAAACCCUACCUUUCACCCUUUUAUAUAACGACACCAGCACGUUAUCCAAUGGAAACGAGAGAUUCAAGAGAUUAGAGUGCUAUGGAAGCUGUUGUAGCCGCAAAACCAGUGAUCAAUGUGGCUGCCCUAUGUGGGUCUUUAAGGAAAGGCUCUUAUAACAGAGGAUUAAUUCGAACAGCUACUGAGAUUAGUAAGGAGUCCAUUAAUGGGAUUCAGAUGGAAUACAUAGACAUUUCACCACUUCCAAUGCUCGACACGGAUCUGGAAGUUGAUGGGAAGUAUCCCCCUGCUGUCGAGGCUUUCAGGCAGAAGAUUUUGGAGUCCGAUAGCAUUCUUUUCGCCUCCCCCGAAUACAACUAUUCAGUUACCGCACCUCUGAAGAAUGCAAUUGACUGGGGUUCAAGAUCACCAAAUGUAUGGGGAGAUAAAGCGGCCGCUAUCAUAAGCGCUGGCGGAGGCUUUGGCGGUGCUCGGUCACAUUAUCAUCUUCGCCAAAUUGGGAUUUAUAUUGACCUUCAUUUCAUCAAUAAACCCGAGUUUCACUUGAAUGUGUUUCAGCCUCCGGCGAAGUUUGAUAGCGAUGGCAACCUUGUGGAUCCGACGUCUAAGGAGAGAAUAAAGGAAGUUCUUGUAGCCUUGCAAGCAUUUACCCUCCGACUCCAAGGUAAAAACUAAGUAAACAAGUUACACGUUCGUUGCAGUGUUACUUUGAUAGAUUGGAAUUUGAUGUAAUUUUAGAUUUCAUUUUGUAAUGGGAUUAAUUAGUUCAAAGAUGUUGUCUCCAUAAACUUGAAACUGCGAGCAAG